CAGAUCCUGAGAGUCACGUGACUAUACAGUAUUAUUUGACGGCUUCAUCUUUUGCUGCUUCUCUUCCCCCUUCAACCAGCCCAGCUCGUCGUCUCGACCUUGCUCUCAUCGUUGCCUAUCCCCCGUCACUGCCUAUUUCCGAUGACUCUGCUCCUCCCGGUUCCCUUCACGAGAAUCUCCCGCGUUGCAACCCGCUGGUGCCAGGGCUGCAGAGUCUCUCAUCUCCGCAAGCUGCGUACGGUACGGUCAGUACGCUGCCCGUACCGGCCUACAGCGGUGGGUAAUAAUCACAUUACUGCACUCUGACCAUCCUUUGCGGCCCAAGGCUGAUCUGCAAGCUCUGCUCGAGUGAGUUUCAGGUUCUUGUUUGAUCCUUUUAUUAUCAGCUGCUGGCAGUAUUGUUCGAAGAACUGGAGCCUGUUGCAAGUUCGCUAUUAUUUCUACGGCUGUUGGCAACCCCUCCGAAUGGGAUUCUGCCACUGUUUCCCCCUUAGGUACCUCCUUGUACCUGCGUCAGCUAAUUACCACCGCCGCUUUGGGGCCCUGAAUUCCCCCUCCCUCAACGCCUCAACCUCUCCUUCUGUCGCCUCCUUGUGGCGUUGGGAUUCUGUUCCCAUCUGUUCCCACUGACGUAGCCUUCUUGUUUUUAUUUUUAUUUUUAUUUAUUUAUUUUAUUUUUUUUUUCGCACUCUUGUCGACUCUGAUCGUCCCGCGAUGGCUUCGCAGGAUCGGAACCAGGACUCGCGCCCCUCUCCGUCGGGAACCUUUCAAAGCCGCAGCGACAGCGCGUCUCCCCAUCCUCAGUAUCACCAUCACGAUGUGCCGUCCGGUCUUGGGUUCGAUUUUUCUGCGGCUGCAGGCCAGUUCUCUAACGCUACGCCAUUUACCAAUCCCGGCGCAGGACCGGCUGGUACCCAGUCCUUCGCUUACCCUCCGGGCUAUCCUCCGCAGUCGCUCGCCUCACCCGACCAGUCGUUUCCCCAUGGGCAGCCUUUACCACAGCAAUUUGAUACCAGCUACAUGGGUCAACUCGAUCAAUCGUCAGGUCUACGCCCCUUCUCACAACAUGAAAGCUUCUCGAAUCUUUUGAACUCGAACCCUACCGAUUUUGACCUUUCUAUCUAUACUUCUGACCCAGCCGUCGCCACGCACCAUAAUAACCACAUGAACAAUACCACCGGGGAGUUUGGCUCGCCCAUUUUACUCGAUACCCAUACCCAGAUACACCAGCAGCCUCAAACAGCAAAUCAGUCGAUCAAUCCGGUGGAUCUGGUCGGUCAAAUGGCGUCUCCACACACAACAACUGCUUCGCACUUGUCUCAAGACCAGCAACCGACUUCACAUCCACUACAGCAACAGCAUUCUUCUCCGGGCCCUUUGUCUCCGCCGACAUCUACCCAUAGUACUUAUUACACACCACAGCAUUCUCGUCACUCCUCCUUGGACCCUACUACUGUUGCUUAUCUGUCCGGCCAGUCAGACUGGCAAUCCGUCCUGCACAACUCUGCAUUUCAACACCACCAAAAAGCGCCGUCAGAAAUUUCUGAUCUUUCGUCGGCUGCCCAUUCCCCAUAUAUGUCUCAACAUGAAUCCUUUGAUGCCUCUGAAACCAAUGCGUCUCCGCUUUUACCUCCGCAGAACGACCCUGGAGUUUAUGACAAUGUGUUGGGCAUUGAAACCUUCACGCUAUCCGAGCAGCAGGCGUUUAGUACCUCUCCAAGUCCAUAUCUGUCGCCCCAGUUAGUACCACAGCAAGGCGCAGAUCUGGGACCCACUAUACCUUUUCUCUCCACACAACCACAACCGAAUCCCGAGUAUCCGACUCCUCCAACGGAUAUGUACGACAAUAGUGGAACUGGAGGUAUGAUGGAUAUGACUCAGGCGAGCAGUGGUCUAGGGGAUAUUGGCCAGGCCUCUCAAAUGGCUCCUCCAUCGAUCAACGUCGAAUUGGCACCGCCUUCUAGAGUACCUACUUUUGGGCCAAAGCCUGCGGCGAACAUGGACUCGCUGAGUCCUCCAGUUGCACAUCCACGUGCAGGCCGCGUCCGCAGUAAAUCAGACCCCUAUGCUCAUCCAACUUCUCGAUCACUGUCUCCUGUUUCUCCAUCAAUUGGCCUCGAGCCAUUCCCUUCAGUCAGUCCCAGAUCACUCUCGCCGGUUGAUAGCAGGCGACAGCCGCUCAGCACACCUGGUUCGCGUGACGUAUCCCCUGCCAGGAGGGCUCAUAAUCGGCGACUCUCCACGUCGUCCAUUGACAGCCGGAAGGCGAUUCUAGAUCUGGCAGAUUCACAGCGUCCUGGUGCAGGUUCAAACGAUCCUAAACGCGUGCAGAAGCAUCCUGCAACAUUCCAGUGCAAUCUUUGCCCGAAACGCUUCACCCGCGCGUACAAUCUACGGUCUCACCUGCGCACGCAUACUGAUGAGCGACCGUUUGUUUGUACUGUGUGUGGGAAAGCAUUUGCACGUCAGCAUGACCGUAAAAGGCACGAGGGUCUGCAUUCCGGCGAGAAGAAGUUCGUCUGUAAAGGGAACUUGUCAAGCGGAAGACAAUGGGGUUGCGGCCGCCGAUUCGCUCGUGCUGACGCUCUGGGGCGCCAUUUCAGAUCAGAAGCGGGCCGGUUGUGCAUCAAACCACUUAUGGAUGAAGAAUCUCAAGAGCGCAAUCGCUCGCUAUCAAACAAUCCGCAACAACAGCCAUCCAGCCAUCUGCAGCCGGUUCAUCAGCCCUUUAUGGUCCCAGGCAUGGAUGGGCAACCCACAGGUAGCCUUGUGCUUCCUGCAGCAUUGCUUGCUCAGUACCCUGCCCUUCAAACCCUACAAUGGGAUCAAAUACCUGCCACUGCAGACGAUCCUACGGAUAUUGGGGGCCGCAGUAGUUUUGAUGCAAGCUCUGGGUGAGAAUUUGGCUUCGAGGAUGAUGACUCGGGUAUCAGUAGUGGAUACACGAGUAGCCAGGGAAACUUAUACGCUGUCAAUAAUCAGGCCCAAUUACUGACGGUUAAUACCGGAGACCAUAACUAUGCGGAUUCGGAAUGGAAGGGCUGAGUUUUCUCUUCGAUGCGGGUUCGACAUUUUAUGAUUUUCCCUUUUACUUUCUUGCUUUCUUCGGAUUACCCCCCCCAUAUGCCUUCUGACGCGAAUCUUUUUCAUGUUUUCCUCGAGUUUCAAGGUUUCCAGUAACCGAAACUAUGCGUGCAGCUGUUGUUUUGGCCCAGUCUACACUAUAGAAGGAUCUAGGCGUUCAAAUACAGGACAGAAAAUCCUGCGGCAAGCAGUCCAAGGGCUGGAUCUCCUUUCCUUUUACGAACCUCUCCCAUUGCCCUUGUUCUGGCUAUUUGUAUGAUCUUUGUUGCUUCGUUUUCUUUUUUUUAACGUCGUGCGUUCAACUACUUAAAUACCCCGUGAGACAUGUCUUUUAUUUUGAAUAAAUACCCACCCCCACCCCAAUGUCUCUUUGUUCUCUGUGAUCUCUGGUCAUGGUAUUUAUACUCCGUCAUUCGGUUUUCUGGUUUAUUUAUUUACCAUGCCUAUAUUAUUAUCGGAUUUGGCUUUAAGAUAUUCUGAAUACAACUCUACCGGUCUGUGGCAUCAUGGGCCUGAAAUCCUAUCUUCC